GGGUUCGAAAUAAAGUUUGAAACAAAAAAUUAUUAAAACAAACGAAAAAAAAAGAAUUAAAGUGUUAAAAAAAAAAUAAACCAUGGAUAAAUCACAACCACCACCAUACACUGCCGCUCCACAACCAGGCUUUACUCCAGCUCAAACAUAUCAGCCCGGACAGCCAAUGUACCCACCCAUGCCACAACCGCCACCACAGCAAUCCACUGUCAUCAUACAAACAACAACACGACCAAAUCUAGUGGCCAUUGGCAGUGGACCCACACACAUUCAAUGUCCCUCUUGUCAUGCUGAAAUUUUGACAUCUGUCAAACAUACUGCCAAUUCUAAAACACAUUGCUGGGCCCUGGUUCUAUGUCUAUUCAUUUGCUGGCCAUGCGUUUGUGUACCCUACUGUAUGGACUCCUGCCAAAGUGCCAAUCAUUAUUGUCCCAACUGUAAUUCCUACAUUGGAACAUACGAUAACUAAAAUUGUAUUGUAACGAUGUUCAAAACUUGUUUGAUUCCUUAUUAUUUUUUUUUAUAGUAUUUAAUAUAAAUUAUAAUAAAUUUAUAUGUUUAUUUGUUCAUAAUCUUAAUUUAUAAAUACAACUCUGUGUGCCAAAAAUUAUGUAAAAAUAACGAAAUUAAAAUACAAAUUGUAA